UUUCUUUGACUUCUGGAUACUCCAAAUAACAGCAGAGAAGAGCUUCGUUCUGUCAAAAGAGAUUUUGUUUUUAUUUUUUUUUUUAAUUCAAAAAUAGAAUUAACAGCUCCGUCGCUGAGACUUUGCCGUGAGAGAGAGAGAGAGAGAGAAAGAGACAAAGAUGGAGGCGAAGACGGCGGUGGCGGCGGCGGCGGAGCCGCUAUACAACGGUAGGGACGGGGAGAGAGGCGGCGGAGGGAAGUUCAAGAAGCCGCCGUCAAGGAAGCCACCUGCGAGUCCCUACGCCCGACCACUAGCUGUGCCGGCGAGACGCGGCGGAUGGUUAGCGAAACUCGUUGAUCCAGCCUACCGACUAAUCUCCGGCGGCGCCACUAGGAUCAUCCCCUCAUUCUUAACCAGGGCCCCCCCUCUUCUUCCUGUCGCCGAAAGCAACGAUACAGAAGAUGAGGAGGUGAUACUGAGUGCAAAGGAUGAAGAGAAGUGCACUUCAAGUUCUGUAAUAUUCAAAUCUACUGAAAGGAAGGAUCCUAAUGAACUAUUAGAUAAAGAGAAGAGAAUGUCUCAAGAUGAAAAGCUGGGGCAGAUACAAGACAACUCACAUGAUGAUUCUGAGAUUUCCAGAAUUGAGCAGCUGAUGAAAGGGAAAACAUUUUCUAGGGAGGAAAUAACUCGUUUGACUGAGAUUUUGAAAUCGAAAAUUACCGAUGAGCAAGAAAAGGAGAAACCAAGCAUGACAGUGGAAAGAGACACUGAAGAGGUUCUUCUUCUGCAUGACACGCCAAGAAGAUUAACAGAAAGAAGACAGGAAGAUGUGAACAGAGCUCUACUUGGACCUUUGACACCCCUGCCCCAAAGAAAUGUGCAAGAUGAAGUUGGUGCUUCACCCAUAGAUGUUGCAAGAGCUUAUAUGGGAAGCAGAAUGCCAGAUCAAAGCCCUGGGCCUCAUUUUCUAACCAAGGAAAAACGAGAUCCAGAAAAUGCAUAUAAAUCAUAUCUUGCAUUGCCUUCAUCAAAACCAGAACCUUGUUGGCCUGGUAGCAUGGUGCGGGAGCAGCAGGGCUACAGUACACCACAGAAUCAGAGAAGCAGAUUUGGGCUCCAUGAUUUUCCCAGGACUCCAUAUUCUAGAACUUUAUUAUCGAAGUCUAGAACCAAGCCACAAGGUGAUAGCAGGUGCCUUGACCUUUCUGCAAAGACUUUUCAACAGUCUCAAAUGUCUACAUAUGGGCAGGUGAGGACAAAGAAUGAUGUGUUUGAAAGCAGUUAUGGAUCAGUUGGACCUAUACGGAGAAUGCGUAAUAAACUCGGAUCAGAAACCCAACCCAGAAAAUCCAUUUUCCAGAAUCCUUCCAAAGGUGCCUCACCAAUUGAAAAACCAUUUGCUCCUAAAAUGUUCUUGCCUGCUGUCGGAACGGAUAAGGGAAUUGAUGAAACCAUUAGGACUUCAAAGUCCAACAUAGUAGACCAUGCUGUUCCAACUGAGACAACUAGAAUAAUACUAGACCACUUUAGCAGGCACAAGCCCACACCGAGAGAGAAGGCAGAUGAACUGAAGCUGGCUACUGAUUGGAAGAAGAAACCUUCCUGGGCUGACGUCUCUGAUGCAAGACCAAAUGGGAGUGUCAACCUUCCACUUUUCAGAGAAUCUCAAGUCCUAAAGACAACGGAGUUGGGAACCACAACAUCUUUUAAGGGUGGAGAUAACGGGAAAGGCAUUGUUCAGAUGAAUUCUGAGGAUAGUAGUUUAGGUGUAGUAGAUAAAGCUACCACUGAUGUGAAUACUAGAGCUCCUGUCUUGAAGACUGAUGCCAAUGCUGGGCCUUCGUUGUUCUCCCAGAAUACUGAUUCACAAUUCAAGGGUUUCGUUACUGAUUCCAGUGUCCCUAGUUCUCAUCAGGGCUCGAUAGGCACUAAUAUCGGACCAAGAGGGACAGUACCAAACUGGCCUUUUCAACAACAGAGUAAUGGGCAGAAUGUCUCCACAUUAUCCAGCUCGUUAAGCUCUAAGCCAGCAAAAGAAUUGCCAGCACAUACCUCUGGAACAAAACCAACCUUGCCAGCUAUUGCCAUCAGUAAGCCUGAUCUUGGACGCAGAAUUUUCUCUGAUAAUGGCCUUGGAUUCACUUUCCCAGUUCCUGUAUCAUCUGGUACGCUCUCUGAACCACCAACACCCUCAAUGCCAUCUUCCGCCACAAAGGUUGCCUCAAACCCAGAAGAGCCAUCUUCUGCUGUUCCUUCUUACAGCUUUGGCAUGAAGAAAUCUUCACCGCCCCUUGUCUUCUCUUUCCCGUCUACAAGCAGUACACCUCUCCAUACUGAUCCUUCAGAUAUUAAGUUCAACUUUGGGACAGAUGGGAAGCCAAGGUUAUCAUUCAGCGCCGCAGGUAAAACCAUCUGUUAGUGAAGACUCUAGCUGCAUGACUUUGAGAAGAAAUCUAAUUUUUUUUUUUUUCCAACUUUUAUGAAAAAUACUUUAGUUACUCCAUAUUAGUUGGCUUUCUUUCCAUAUAUUUUUUUCAAGGAAAAUCCUAUUCAUAGUCUUUCUUUUUCCAUAAAAAUCAGGGAAUAUAGGGAUUUGAGAUCAGCAAUGUCCUCUAGGACCUCUUCUUCUAGGGGCCUUAAUAUUCCAAUAUAUAAAUGAGAAUUGUUGUUUCUUUAGCUGUGGGAACAUACCUUGUUGGACAUGUGAUAUACUACAUGGUUUCGUGUGA